GCCAUGGACCGCCACCUGCGCCGGCUGAGGCAGGAGCUGCUAUCCAUGAAGGAGGUCGGAGACGGGCUGCACGAGCAGAUGAACUGCAUGAUGGGUGCACUGCAGGAGCUGAAACUCCUCCAGGUCCAGACAGCUUUGGAGCAGUUGGACAUCUCAGGGAGCCGAAGCACCGUUUCUGGCCCUGAGCAGCACCAGUGCUGCCGGAGCAGCAGAGACGUGCCCGGGACCCAGCAGGAUGAGCAGCUGUGCGGGGAGGUGUCAGCGGAGGAGCACAGCCCCGCGUCCCUCGCGUGUGCUGUGCCACGGCCGGUGGGUUUGCCCCGUUCCGCUGUGCUCCUGGAGGGCGACCACCUUAGAGACACCCCCUCCUCCCUCAGGAGCCUCUGUGGUGAGGACAUUUAUCACCCGAAGGGACCUUCCUCCACCUUGAUCAGAGCAGAGCACAUCCGCCCAAGGACAUUCGAGCCCAGUAGCCAGAGCACAGCUGAGGGGUGGCCAGCAUGCCGGGAGUGCCCGGGGUGUGACGAUGGCCAUGACUGGACAUCCUCCCUGAUGUCCCAGAGCAGGAAUCGGCAGCCACUGGUCUUGGGGGAUAACAUCUUUGCAGACUUGGUUGGGAACUGGUUGGAUCUGCCAGAGCUAGAUAAGAAGGGGGAGAAGAGCGAGGCGUCCCUGUCCAUGAGCAGAUCCCAGGAGCUCUGCAGGAAGUUCUCCCUCACAGCCAACAUCUUCAAGAAGUUCCUGAGGAGCGUUCGGCCAGACCGAGACAGACUUCUCAAGGAGAAACCUUGCUGGCUUCCGCCUGAAGACAAACAGCCCGAAAUUUCUAAGAGGCCCAAAAAGAUGAACAAACUCAAGGGGACAUUUUACUUCCCGCUUCGUGGGAACAUCCAGAACCAUCACAGCAAAGUGGAGAGGUGCCCGAAGGCAGAAAGCAAUAGCGAGAAACCCAAAAUUGGCACCAAGAAAGUCCACGAUACUAUAGACUACACCCAGUCUGGGUUUGACAUCAAUACAGCUGUUUGGGUCUGAGUUUGUCACUGUUCUCUGCUCUGUGGAGCAUUUGUUUCACACUGGAGAGGAGCUGGAGGCCGUAUAUGUCUUCUCAGGAGACCCCUAAGCUCUCAACACGGACUGAGGUGAGAGGAGUCCUCUGCAAAAUGUGCUGUGGGCUUCAGUCGCCUGCAAGUGGCAUUUUGCAGAGAACUACACCUUCCAGGGCAGUCCGAGCAGCAGCUGACACAGCCCCACAUGGGGAGACUUUUGGGGACUGAUAUUUGCAAAAAUAAUCAGAAUCUUUAGCAGCUUUAGGGAGAGUGGUACCACAGACAACCAGCUCCUGGAGCCUGGCUUACGAUAGCCACUUCAGGCCCAUUCCGUCAUCUCUAGUUAAAAUAGCUGCAGCACAAAAUUCACUGUGUGCAUGUGUGUGUAUAAGUGUGCAAAUAUAUAUAAUUUUUUUAAAAAAGCUAUUCCUGCUUGUGUGCACUUAAAACUGGGUUAUAAACCAGGCAAUUCAAGUGUUGUACCUGAAGCACUUGUUAUUUAAAUUGAAAGAAGUAAGUUUGAAUUUGUAAGAAUUGAACAAUUGCUAAGUGGGGGUGUUGAACCCCAGCUUUGUUGCAUUUCAGCUGUGGGGUUUUUCCCCUAAACUGCAUCUCCGUUGUGCUCCCAGCAUCUUUCCUUCCCCUGCCAGUUAAACCAGUAGGAUGCAAGGCUCCUUUCAUGGAAGCUUGUGACCCCCAGGCUCUCUGCAGCUUUUGCUUCUCUCCCAGUGCCCUUGGCCCCACAGGUCACACCAGAUACAAUGUUGCAAAAGUUUGUUGUUGAGGCUGCACUGAGAUACAAAGUUGCAACAGAUGUUUAUUGUUGUUGUUUCCUAUUGCUGUUGUGUACAAACCUCGUCUUGACAGAACCAAGUUCUUCAGUGUCCGGCUCUCCGAGA